UUGUCUGAAUGCUUGUUAACCUCUGCACUUUAUGCGUCAGAAGUUACAGGCAAUAGCGAGAUAUUUUUGCAGGGAAUUGCAGGAGCCCAGAAGUUACUGUGUGACUAAAGGAAGAGGUCAGGUGGGACUAUGGGUUGCAUUUGCUCAAAAGGGGCUUCUAGCGAUCACCCUGCUGAGGUCCAGAGAGAGAAAGAUUCUAACAAGUCCACCAAAAGGCUAGUUGCUCCCUCUAAGAGAGAGGAAGUUGUUGUGGAGACUGCGGGUGUUGGUAAUGGAGGGUCUGAUGGAACGGCAUUGCUUAGGGCACCGCAACGAGAAAAUUCCAAUUCCACUCCGCCGAUUCCAACUGAUAAAGGAGAAAAGAAUCCAUUGGUUGUCCAACCACCCCCAAAAGGCCAUCAUCAGAGACGGGCCACAUUAGAUAUCAGCACUGGCCGGGGCCAGCCGCCAAUGUCAAGGAUAAUUAGUAUGUCCAAUGGUGGAGCAGGGGAACAUGCUGCUACAGGUUGGCCAUCUUGGCUUACAGCAGUGGCAGGAGAGGCGAUCAAAGGUUGGGCUCCUCGAAGGGCAGACACAUUCGAAAAGUUGGACAAAAUUGGGCAAGGAACUUAUAGCAAUGUAUACAGAGCCCGCGACCUUGAAACUGGCAAAAUUGUUGCAAUGAAGAAAGUUCGGUUUGUUAAUAUGGAUCCAGAAAGCGUCCGUUUUAUGGCCAGGGAAAUCUAUAUUUUGCGUAAGCUUGAUCAUCCAAAUGUUAUGAAGCUUGAGGGUCUGGUCACUUCACGUAUGUCCUGCAGCUUGUACCUUGUAUUCGAAUAUAUGGAGCAUGAUCUUGCUGGGCUUGCUGCAACACCUGGUAUCAAGUUUACUGAAGCACAGAUUAAAUGUUAUAUGCAACAGCUACUUCGUGGGCUUGAACACUGUCAUAAUCGUGGGGUCCUGCAUCGAGACAUCAAGGGUUCAAAUCUUUUGAUUGACAAUAAUGGUAAUCUCAAAAUUGGUGACUAUGGGUUGGCAACCUUCUUCAAUCCUGAUAACAAACAGCCACUGACGAGCCGUGUUGUUACUCUUUGGUAUCGACCUCCUGAGCUCUUGCUUGGUGCUACGGAUUAUGGUGUUGCUGUGGACCUCUGGAGUGCUGGUUGCAUCCUUGCAGAAUUGCUUGCAGGGAAGCCUAUAAUGCCAGGAAGAACUGAGGUAGAGCAACUGCAUAAGAUCUUUAAGCUUUGUGGUUCCCCAUCUGAUGAAUUCUGGAGGAAGUCAAAAUUGCCGCAUGCAACUGUUUUCAAGCCUCAACAACCUUACAAGCGCUGUAUUCUUGAGACAUUUAAGGACUUCCCCCCGUCUGCUUUGGCCCUCCUGGAUGUUCUACUCGCAAUUGAACCUGAAGGCCGAGGUUCAGCUGCUUCGGCACUUAACAGUGAGUUCUUUACUACGAAGCCUCUUCCUUGUGAUCCAUCAAGUUUGCCUAAAUAUCCACCGAGCAAGGAGUUUGAUGCUAAGCUUCGAGAUGAGGAAGCUCGAAAGCAAAAAGCAGCAGCAAAAGGACGUGGACAUGAAUCUACAAGGAGAGGUUCAAGAGAAUCCAAGGCAGCACCAGCACCAGAUGCCAAUGCUGAGCUACAAGCAUCAUUGCAGAAACGGCAAGGACAGUCGAACCCUAAAAGCAGCAGCGAGAAAUACAAUCCUCAGGAGGAUGGUGGUUCUGGCUUCCCAAUUGAGCCUCCUAGAAGAGUUGCGCAGAAUGGUUUCUCAGAUUCCGGCCAAUUGAAUCUUGCCAAUGGGUAUGGAUCUUCAUGGAGUAGGGUGGAGGGUGAGACCAUCGGUGCUCCCGGCCGAGCAUAUGGAUCUUCAGGGAAGGGUGCAGAGUUGAGGGGACAGAGAUCUUAUAUGCAUCAGGCAGCUGAGUUGUCCAAGUUUUCUGGUUCAGUUGCUGUAAGAGGUUCACAUAUCGAUUCUCAAAGAGAGAGGAGCACACAAGCCGCCUGGCCAGAACAGAAAUUAAAUUGCAGAUACAAUCAACUGGAUGAUGCUGAGCCCUCCGAAAAGUCAGAGUGGGGCCAUCAUUUGUUGGAUAAGCCUACCUUGUCUCACAGGAAAGGAGAAAAGGUGUCUGGCAGGGAAUCUACAACGGGUUACGCCCCCAAGAAAAACAGGAUCCACUACUCUGGACCAUUGCUGCCUCCGGGGGGAAACAUGGAGGAAAUGCUCAAAGAGCAUGAGCGGCAAAUUCAACAGGCUGUCCGCAAAGCCCGUCUUGACAAGGCUAAGACCAAGAAAAACUAUGGUGAUAAUGGCCAGUCUGAGGCACUACUACGUGGGACGAACGGCAGGUGAUGGUUGUGAAGCAAUAUCUGCUGCCUUGAUACUGUUGGAGAAAAGCGCAGUUCUUAUCUUUGGAAGCAAUAUUCGUUUUGGGAUUUGACUAUUCUUGUCGCUGUCAAUAGCAGAGGAGCUUACACAAUUCGAAGCCUUUAUGACACGGAACAUCUGGGCUUUACUGGGUUAUACGUAUGUUAUCUAAGGAGCAUUAUGCAUCAAAUUAUAAUCUCAGAGAAGCUCAUGGUGGUUCAGCAAGGUGGGUAAUUGAAAAGUAAAUGAAAUUCAUGAUCUUUGAUUGAUGAUUUGUUGUGGGGAGCCUUUUUGCUGGUUAAUCCAGCCGAUUGUAUAACAAUUGUUUGCUUGAAAGUGAGAGAAGGGCUUUAUGCCACUUUCUGGUCGGUUAAUGUAUAUUUUGGGGGCAGGGGAUAUGUUUUGUACAGCUCAAAGGGGUUUUGCUCGAUCAGAAUCACCACCUCCAUGUAAGGCAAAGCCAUCUUCCCAAAUUUGAAUGAAUUUAUUUGUAGUCCAAACCAUUACAUAUUUGAUCCUAGCAGCACCUUCAGGAGAGUACUGUGUCUUUCUCUAGCUUUACUUGCACUCUCGAAUAUGGUAUAUAUUGAAAGUUAUAUAUUUAGGCUUUUCUUA